CCUCAUACGGAUCGGAGAACGGAAACAACUUUCAUUAAAAAAGAAGAGUGAAAAAAGAAAAAGAAAAAACCAAUAAAAAGUGACAUAAUAGUACUCUAACCUCACUUCACUUCUUUCUGGAUCUCCCAAUCUAAAAAGAAUUUUGUUUAAAAAAGUAAUAAAAAAGUCAAAAAAUGACUAAUUUUGCAUCUAUAAAUCGUCUUAUUUCGCAUAGAAUUCGCCCAGUAUUCCAGAGAAGACUAGUGUCCACAUCAAAGAAAAAUAAUGAUACUGUGGCUGCUGAGGCUUGCCAAAGCCAAACCAAUACAAAAGUAGUAGUGAAAAGUUGGGUCUCCUAUGGAUACGAUCAUAAAAAUAAAACUGAUGAUAGGUCUGUUAUGCACGUGUUGAUGUUUGGGGCUUUAACACUCUGUGGAGUUGUUGGAGGGUUUGUAUGGACUUAUGCUCCAGACUAUCAUCUUAGAGAUUGGGGUGUAAGAGAAGCCUUUUUAGAGCUCAGAAGGCGAGAAGCGGAGGGCAAACUACCUAUAGAUCCAAAUUUCAUACCUGUUGAAAAAAUAAUUUUGCCUUCUGAUGAGGAAUUGGGUGACACUGAAAUUAUUAUUUAGAUCACUUAAAUUCUUAUGUUAGCUUGUAAAUAAUAAUUAUUAAUAA